AGAACUUGGACACAGAUAGAGAAAAUGGCCAUGAAAUUCCGGAGCUCUGUCUCGUUCUUGGCCCUACUUUCACUGGUCCUUGUCUGCUGCAGCGCCGCCGUAUAUGCCGGAUCCGCCUUUGAAGACGAGAACCCCAUCCGAUUGGUAUCAGAUGGCUUCAAAGACUUCCAAUCUUCUCUCCUCCGCAUCGUCGGCGACACUCGACAUGCUAUCUCCUUCGCACGCUUUGCCUGGAGGUAUGAGAAGAGGUACGAAACAGUGGAUGAGACAAAGCUUCGUUUUAGGAUUUUUAGGGAGAACCUGGACCUGAUCAGAUCCACCAACAGAAAGGGCCUCCCUUAUACACUCGCCGUCAACGAGUUCGCCGAUUUGACCUGGGAGGAGUUCCGGACCCAGAAGCUCGGUGCUGCACAAAACUGCUCUGCCACCACAAAGGGCAAUCACAUAAUAUCCGAUGUCGAUCUCCCUGAUUUGAAAGACUGGCGAGUGGAGGGGAUUGUUAGCCCAGUCAAGAAUCAGGGCCACUGUGGAUCUUGCUGGACAUUCAGUACCACUGGAGCUCUGGAGGCAGCUUACACCCAGGCCUUUGGGAAGUCCAUUUCUCUGUCUGAGCAGCAGCUGGUGGACUGCGCCGGUUCCUUCAAUAACUUUGGGUGCCGUGGCGGUUUGCCUUCCCAAGCCUUUGAGUACAUAAAAUACAAUGGUGGUCUGGACACCGAAGAAGCAUAUCCUUACACCGCAGCAGAUGGAGUUUGCAAAUACACUUCGGAGAAUGUUGGUGUAAAGGUUUUUGAUUCGGUCAACAUUACCAUGGGGGCAGAGGAUGAGUUACAGCAUGCUGUCGGAGCUGUUCGGCCAGUUAGUAUUGCAUUCGAAGUGGUGAAAGAAUUCCGGCUCUACAGUAAAGGUGUUUUCACCAGCACCACCUGUGGUAGCACUCCAAUGGAUGUGAACCAUGCUGUUCUCGCUGUCGGAUAUGGAGUAGAGAAUGAUGUUCCAUAUUGGCUCGUCAAGAACUCAUGGGGAGCAAGUUGGGGCGACAGUGGCUACUUCAAGAUGGAGAUGGGGAAGAACAUGUGUGGUAUUGCGACUUGCGCAUCCUACCCUGUCGUAGCUUAGUGUCAUACCGGCGAGACACCGAGUUAUUGUGAAUUACUCUCCAUCAAUUUGCAGUAGGAAGCUUCGUUUCAGUUUGAGUCCUGUUUCAGUCUCUGG